UGACGUAGUAACUGUCAUUAAACAUGGCAGCGCUCAUGUACAACGUGAGCCGUGGAUGUGUUAUUUUAAGGGAACAUUGUUUAUUAUUAAGAGGGUAUAACCAAAUCUUUGUGGAUUCGAGGAGGUAUGCCCGAGCUCUUCGCCGGAGACCCGUGUCUGUUCUAUAUCCAAAUGGCGAGCGAGAAACACGAAUUAAGUCAAAUGAACCAGCUAAUAAAAGCAAUCACGAGAAGCUCUUAAGAGACAGUGUUAUAAAGACUGACAAAAGGGUUGGUGGUAAAUACACUAAGGAGAAAAUAACAGAGGCAGUUGUCAACAAGAAGUAUAGUAGUCGUGUGUAUGUAGACGAGUCUGCGCACACUACCAAAGACAAACUUUGUGGACUGCGCUUCGAAAAGGCCCCUGCGGGGGAUAACAGACUCGCGCAUGUGGCCAGUGUUGGGCACUCCAGAGCAUUUCGUGAUAAGGAAGGUAAGGUGUUGCUGGAGGGGAGGCGUCUGAUCUGUGAUGCUCUUGCUGCUGGUGCAUCUCCUCAGAUGAUCUUCUUCAGUUCACUGGAGCGACUACAAGAACUCCCUCUAGAUAAACUACAGCAGGCCAAACUAAUCAAAGUCAAGUAUGAAGACAUGAAGACCUGGUCUGACCUGGUCACUCCACAAGGUGUUAUUGCCAUAUUUUCAAAACCCGAUGCCUCUCGUCUGGCAUUUCCAAAGGAUGCGAGACUUCAGUCGGUUCCUUUGUUCCUAAUAUGUGACAAUAUGCGGGACGCUGGGAACAUUGGGACAAUCUUACGGUGUGCCGCAGCUGCAGGCUGUGACCGUGUUCUCCUAACUAAAGGUUGUGUGGAUGCUUGGGAACCAAAGGUUCUACGUGCAGCAAUGGGAGCUCAUUUCCGCCUCCCGGUCUUUCCUAAUUUAGAUUGGGAUGACAUUUCCAACCACUUGCCCACGGAUGUGACCGUUCACGUAGCAGAUACCUUUAAUAGUUUUCCAAAAAACCCUGCAUCUGAGGCAAAUCCAAAACCAGAAAAUGGCAGUUCAGAUGAAUACACUGAAAGCGACUCUGAUGUGGAAUCAGAUGAUGAACUUUUACUGCCACGUGUGAAGCAUCAGGUGUACUAUGAGAGGUGGGCUCAGAAAAACGCAGCACUAGUGAUUGGUGGAGAAACGCACGGAUUAAGUAUGGAGGCACUACGAUUGGCUGAGAAAACGGAGGGUAGAAGACUCUUUGUGCCAAUGGCUGCAGGAGUACAGAGUCUGAACUCUGCGAUGGCUGCUAGUAUACUGCUGUUUGAAGGCAGGAGGCAACUUCUGUUGUUAGGAAAUAGAAAAAAGAGAUCACAGAAAAGACAGAUUUAAAUUAUACUAAGGCCUGGUUUCACAGACAAGGCUUAAAUAGUUAAAUUAGUUAAAUUAAGAUUGAAGUUUAAGCACCUUUUAUAAACAUGCCUUAGGAAAAAGAUGUUACUGGUGUGUAUCUUGAGACAAAUGAAUGGCACUGGCUUAUUUUUGUUUUUAUUUUAGUUGGACAGCUCCAACAUGUGUCUUAGUAUAGGACUAGCCUUAAGCCUUGUCUGUGAAACCAGGGGUAUGUGUUUUUUCUUGAAUAAAAUGUAUGAAAGACAUCAAUAAUACUGCCCAGUAUUCUUAUCGUGAUCAUUUUGCAAUGCACCAUUGGGGAAAAUUGGAUGGAAAGUAAAAAAACCCUGACAAUUAAAGUUAUGCACUUGCCUUUUAUCAGUUUGACCAUGUAAAACUUUGAAAUCAAAAUUGUGAGAACAAAAACAUUAAAAUAUACAAUAUAAUCCCUAGGGUGGUCCUUAUAAUGGGUACAUUUUUUUUAAAUGUUCAACUCUCACCCCCUAAAUGUGUUAGGAUAUCAAUAAAAACACACUGUGCAAAA